AUGUCGAGCCACAAUGGUUGGUUCCGUGAAAUCUCCUCUCAGUGGCCUGGUCAGGCCAUGACGCUCAAGGUCAAUAAGAUUUUGCACAUCGAAAAAUCUCUUUAUCAGGACGUUCUUGUCUUUGAAUCCGAGACCUUCGGCAAUGUACUGGUCCUCGAUGGUGUCAUACAAUGUACCGAACGGGACGAGUUCUCGUAUCAGGAGAUGAUAGCCCAUCUACCUCUCGCCAGCCAUCCAAACCCGAAGAAGGUGCUCAAGCACGAUACAGUUGAGGAGGUGGUUCUUUGCGACAUCGACGAGGCCGUGAUCAGAGUCUCAAAGAUAUACCUCCCGCACAUGUCUUCACUGCUCGACUCUCCUCGCGUCAAGGUAUUCGUUGGCGACGGAUUCAAGUUCCUUGCCGAGAAUGAGGCAACCUACGAUGUUAUAAUCACCGAUUCCUCCGAUCCGGUUGGUCCAGCAGAGGCUCUUUUCCAAAAGCCCUACUUCAAGCUUCUUCAUGAUGCGCUGACUCCUGGGGGGCACAUAUCGACACAGGCAGAAUCUCAGUGGCUCCACAUUCCCUUGAUCGCCCACCUUCUUAAGUCGACACGCGAGCUAUUCGCAGUUUCGCAAUAUGCCUUCACUACGAUCCCGACAUACCCAUCUGGCCAGAUCGGAUUCAUAAUGUGCUCGAAGGAGCAAGGUCGGGACAUCAGUGUGCCCGUCCGCAAGGUAACCAACACUCGUUACUAUAACGAGAACGUGCACCGAGCGGCUUUCGUGCUUCCACAAUUUGUUCAAUCGUUCUUGGAGGACGGAAAGGACAUCCUGCCUGUAUUCGGACGUGCUGCUGCGGCUGCUAAAAUCGCGACAGAAGGCAAGAAAAUUCGCAAAGUACUUCUCCUUGGUUCUGGUUUCGUUGCACGCCCGUGUGCCGAGUACGUUGUGCGUGACCCGUCCAAUGAGCUAACAAUCGCAUGCCGCACGCUCCAGAGUGCACACGCAUUGGCAGAGGGUCUUCCAAAUGCACAGGGCAUUUCUCUUGAUGUAAACAAUACCAAUGAUCUCGAGGCUCAGGUUGCUGCACAUGAUCUCGUCAUCUCUCUGAUCCCCUACACGUACCACGCGACUGUCAUCAAGGCUGCGAUAAAGGCCAAAGUUCACGUCGUCACAACCAGUUACAUAUCCCCUGCAAUGCGUGAACUUGAUGAGGAGGCCAAGAGAGCGGGCAUCAUUGUCAUGAACGAAAUUGGUCUUGAUCCUGGCAUCGACCAUUUGUACGCGAUCAAAACAAUAGAUGAGGUGCAUGCAAAGGGUGGCAAGAUCAAGCAGUUCCUAUCAUACUGCGGUGGUCUCCCAGCACCAGAGUGCUCGGGCAACCCACUUGGCUACAAGUUCUCGUGGUCAUCUCGCGGUGUCCUUCUCGCCCUGCUCAAUUCAGCAGCCUACCUUUCCGAGGGUAAACAACUUGAUAUCUCCGGCAAUGAAUUGAUGGGAUAUGCCAAACCCUACUUUAUCUCGCCUGCAUUUGCGUUCGUGGCUUAUCCGAACCGUAACUCCGUGCCCUUCAGGGAGUGGUAUAACAUCCCAGAGGCAGAGACCGUGGUCCGCGGCACACUCCGAUACCAGGGAUUCCCCGAGUUCAUCAAGGCGCUUGUUGAGUUGGGCUGGCUUGAUGCAUCCGAGAAGGACUGGUUGAAGGAUGGCUUGACCUGGGCCCAGGUCAUGCAACGAGCGAUCGGUGCUAAUGACGCUGUAGAAAGCACCCUCGUUGCGCACGUGAAGUCGGUCUGCAAGUUCCCUAACGAUGCUGAAGCUACCCGUAUCAUUUCCGGGCUCCGCUGGAUUGGACUUUUCUCAUCGGAGGCUGUGAAGCCCCGUGCAGGAAACCUCCUCGAUACCCUCUGCGCCCAACUCGAGACGCUGAUGAAGUACGAGCAAGGCGAGCGGGACCUCGUCAUGCUUCAGCACAAGUUCGUGGUUGAGUGGGCUGACGGCAGCGAGCAAACCCUUACCUCGACGCUCGAGCAAUACGGAAGCCCAUCUGGACAUUCCGCAAUGGCACUGACUGUCGGUGUUCCUUGCGGUAUUGCGACGCAACUUGUGUUGGAUGGCGUUUUUAAAACCCCCGGAGUUCACGCCCCAUACACAAAGGAGAUUUGUGACCCCAUCCGUGAAAUCUUGGAGAGUGAAGGGUUGGGUCUGGUGGAAAGGGUGCUGUGAAGUUACAUGUACCGCAGAUAUCUUGCUAGUUGUAUAAAUAAAAAGGAUGUACUAGAGAUGUACAUGUUUCUUCGCGUUUCAUGACCAUGAUCAAUUACCCUGUUGAUGUAGGGUU